UAUAUGUAUAUUUAUUAAGCGCCUGCUACAUAGCAGGACAUCAGGCGAGUUGCUUUGAAGAGCACACAAAGAUGGAAAAGAUACAGGUGCUAUCCUCAAAGGAUUUACAAUCUAGAAAGGGAGAUGAAUAUAUAGAUGAACUCCAAUAUAAGGCAAGAGUGUGCUGUGCCAUAAAAGGGGGACAAACUGCCUUCGGGGAAGGUUGAGAGAAGGGAAGAAAAUAAUUUCCAACUUUGGGGACCCAGGCAGGCUUCCUCGAGGCAACAUUUGAGCUGGCCUUUUAAAGAAUGGAAACAGGGGAAGAAAGAACAAUAGAAGUAGAGGUCCAGGAAUGGGAGAGCAUGGGCCACAUUCAGAGAAAGAGGGACAGGACAGUUCAGUUGGACUGGAGCAUAGAUUGGGAAGGAAAGUUAGUGCCAGACCAGAAUACACUUUUAACCUUUAGCAUCGAGUGGAGGAGUUUUGCUUUUUCAUAGACAACACAAAGCUGUGAAAGCUUGAGUGUUAUUGGGACAGGAGAUGGGAAAUUAAUUGGCUGGAUAGCUUGGUAGACUGGAAGCAGAAAGCCUACAUGAAAAAGUAAGCAGGGUUUAGUGGUAGUGGGAAUGGAGAAGUGGAUGGCACAGAGAUAUUUCAUAUAUAAUUGACAGGACUUGACAACUGAUGGAUUGUUAUAGAGGCAGGGGAGUUGAGAGGAUUCAGGUUGUUCCCAUUGUGUCAGCAAAAUAGUUCACAGGAUCUAGAAUCAGAGGGACUUUGGAGAUCACAGCAUCAUUUAUCAACAACAGAGGACCUCAGAGCAGCCAUCUAGUCCAGCCCCUUCUUUUUAUUGAUGAAGAAACUAAGUCCCAGAGAGGAAAGUGAUUCAACCAAGGUCACACAGGAGGUAUGGAACCAGCAAGAAUUCAAUCCCAAGACUGAUUCUAAAACCAUGGCUCUUUUCUUCAGCAAUGAAUGAAGGGCACCUGGACAAGACUGAAGAUGGAUAAGAUCUUCCAAAACAACUGCCCUGGGAAGUGUGUUGCAAACUAGAUAACAGAGAUGACUAAUAGGAUUGCAAAAGGCUCAUUCCUGACUCAGAGCCUUGGCUAGUUCCCCUGCCUGGAGUCUUCUCCCCAAGAAAUCUCACAUAUUUGUGAAGGUUCUCUCAACUCUAUGAACCCAUGUCUGUGACCAUCCCUCCUCUAAAUAUUAGGGAUGAGGGCUCUCAACUAAAGGUGGCAUACAUGAAGGUGGCUCCCUUUCUCAAUGUAUGCAAACACUUUGGGAUUGCAGAAAAGAACCAGGAUUUUUAGAGCUACAUAGAACCUUAAUGAUAAUCUAAAAUAAGACAUUUUACAGCAACACUGCCCAACUCUCCAGAUUAAUGUGGAAAAUAGCAUUUUGCAAAUCUUAACAACUACAGAUUCCCACAUUUUACAGAUGUAGAAAAUGAGGUCCAAAGAGAAGUGACUUGUCCAAGGUCACACAAAUAACAUAUAGCAGGGCAGGGAUUAGAAUCCCAGUCUCUUGACUCCUGGGUCCAAGACUCUUUCCACUAGUGACGUACCAGAUUGUCUCCUCUCCAUAGCCUCAGUUGAAGAGAGGCUACCAUUCUGGGCUUGGGCUCAGACGAUCCCCUUUCCCUGAGCCAAAACACUUGGAUACAUCAGUUACCCUCUCUUCCCGGACCCAUCCUCCAUGCGCACAGACUGAAGGGCAAACUCUUUUAAUGAGUCACACACCAGAGCUGAACAAUAAACCACAGAAAAUGUGGGGUAAGGAGACUUUAGGGGAGGUGCCCCAGGCAGUGUCCUCCUGGAGUAUGGGGCGAGGGGGGGAGGUUGUUCGAUUUUGUUUCUGGGUCGAUAGGGCAAUGAAAGGAGAGGGCACUAGUCCCUUAGACAAAACUCCAUCCUCUCCCCAUCCCUGUCUCCCCUGGAGAGGAAGGCAAAGCCAAGCAGCGGCGGGAGGAAUUGAGAGAAGCCCUCAACCCCUAAUAUGGAUGGUUCCCUCCUUCCACUCCAGGAUCCAGCACCUGAGCAUCCCCUCUGUGUCCGCGUACUAGGCGGAACGCUUUGGCUCUUCCCGACUCCCAGAACACCACCACAGGCCGCCCCCCUCCCCCGCAAGUCGCCGCACUUCCCUCAGCAAUUCGAGCGCCCGAGGCGGGCGAGCGGGUUGGGUUGAGGGAAUGGGAGGCGCAGACGGAACCCGGCGCCUGCGCCAGUGCCUCCCCAGGUUGGAGCCCAGCGGACCAGCCAACCUCCGGGCCGAGCAACCUCAGGGAGUCCGGGGCUCCUCGUCCCGCUCCCGCUGUCUCCUCCGCCCCCGGCGGGCCCGCCAGCACAGGAAAGCGGCAGUCAGGAGGCCAAGGCCGGAGCCAAGGGCGGCCACUGACACCCCCUGGGCGAGGUCCAGGCGGGGUCCCCGCAGCGAGAAGGUGAUGCCCGUGGCAGCCGCUCCGACUAGCGUGGACACGGCGCCGAAAGGGAAGAUGCAGCGGUGCCAGGAGCUGCCAGCUCCGCCAGUGGCCAGUGCCAAGGUGUGCAGGGGUCCCGCGGGGCCCAGGGCAGGGGCUGGGGUCGCCGGGGUCGGGGCCGGGGGCAGCCCUGCCUCGGAGGCCGGCGCGCACGUCGGGGUGCUCAUGGUUCCAGGCGCCGGAAGCUCAGAGAGAGCCGGGUAGGAGGGUGCUGGGCUUGAGAGCUUUCUGGCUUCGGCUCCCUCAGGCUCUGGCUGCUGCCCCAAACCCCUCAGCUGUCUUUUUUUUUUUUUUUCUGGGAACCCAGACGCGGAUUGGAAGAAGGAACCGUGAUGUCACUGGGGGACACUGGGGCCGUUAACCCUUUGGGGAGCCCUCCAACAAAGGCUAGGUAGUAGAAGACGGCUUCAGAAAGAUGCCAUAGCAAAGAUGAAAAACCCUGAGAACGGGUAAGGAGAUGGGGGCUAAAAGGGACCUCAGGACACAAAACAUCUCGCGGGGAAGGGAUCUUGGUCUAGAACAGAGCGCCAGAGCGGGGAAAGGACGUUUGAAGAAUUCUAAGCUCCUCGAUGAUUUAUACUGUGGGUCCUCACUCCAGUUACACAAGUGGCUACUUCUGGAAUUCCAGGUGUGUAUAUGUGGAGGGGGAAGAGAGGAGAGAUGGUGAUGCCAAAAGAAAAGAAGGGCCACUGAAACAUUUUUAAUGUGCACAGAAGAACAGAAGUUUAGAAAAAAACAGAC